GGUCUAUGAAGUCGUGCCUUGCCACAGUGACUGCCACCAGUACCUCUGGGUCACAGAGCCAUGGAGCGUCUGCAAGGUGACCUUUGUGAACAUGCGGGAUAACUGCGGAGAAGGCGUGCAAACCCGAAAAGUGAGAUGCAUGCAGAACACAGCGGAUGGCCCUUCUGACCAGGUAGAGGAUUACCUCUGUGACCCAGAGGAGAUGCCCCUGGGCUCUAGAGAAUGCAAAUUACCAUGUCCCGAGGAUUGUGUGAUAUCCGAAUGGGGUCCGUGGACUCGGUGCACUUUGCCUUGUAAUCAAAGCAGUUUCCGGCAAAGGUCAGCUGAUCCCAUCAGACAACCUGCUGACGAAGGAAGAGUCUGCCCCGAUGCGGUUGAGAAGGAGCCCUGUAACCUGAACAGAAAUUGCUUCCACUAUGACUAUAAUGUAACAGACUGGAGUACAUGCCAGCUGAGCGAGAAGGCCGUUUGUGGAAAUGGCAUUAAAACCAGGAUGUUGGAUUGUGUUCGAAGUGAUGGCAAGUCGGUUGACCUGAAAUAUUGUGAAGAGCUUGGCCUGGAGAAGAACUGGCAGAUGAACACAUCCUGCAUGGUGGAAUGCCCUGUGAACUGUCAGCUUUCUGAGUGGUCUCCCUGGUCCGAAUGUUCUCAAACAUGUGGCCUCACAGGAAAAAUGAUCCGAAGACGAGCAGUUACCCAGCCCUUUCAGGGUGAUGGAAGACCAUGCCCUGCCUUGAUGGAACAGUCCAAGCCCUGCCCAGUGAAGCCCUGUUAUCGAUGGCAAUAUGGUCACUGGUCUCCAUGCCAAGUACAGGAUGCUGAGUGUGGAGAAGGGACCAGAACAAGAAACAUUUCUUGUGUAGUAAGUGACGGGUCAGCUGAUGAUUUCAGCAAAGUAGUGGAUGAAGAAUUCUGUACUGAUGUUGAACCCAUUAUAGAUGGUAAUAAAAAAACGAUCUUAGAGGAAACCUGCACUCAGCCUUGCCCAGGUGACUGUUAUUUGAAUGACUGGUCUUCAUGGAGCCUGUGUCAGCUGACCUGUGUGAAUGGUGAGGACCUAGGUUUUGGUGGAAUACAGGUCCGUUCCAGAGCAGUGAUUAUACAAGAACUAGAGAAUCAACACCUGUGCCCAGAGCAGAUGUUAGAAACAAAAUCAUGUGAUGAUGGACAGUGUUAUGAGUAUAAAUGGAUGGCUAGUGCUUGGAAAGGCUCUUCCCGAACAGUCUGGUGUCAAAGGUCAGAUGGUAUAAAUGUAACAGGGGGCUGCUUGGUCGUACGCCAGCCUGACGCCGACAGGUCGUGUCACCCACCGUGUAGUCAACCCCACUCGUACUGUAGCGAGACGAGGACAUGCAGUUGUGAAGAAGGGUACACGGAAGUCCUGUCUUCUAAUGGUACACUCGAGCAAUGCACACUGAUCCCUGUGGUGGUGAUACCCACUGUGGAGGACAAAAGAGGAGACGUGAAAACCAGCCGGGCAGUCCAUCCGACCCAACCCUCUAGUAACCCGGCAGGACGGGGCAGGACCUGGUUUCUACAGCCUUUUGGGCCAGAUGGGAGACUAAAGACCUGGGUUUACGGUGUAGCAGCUGGGGCAUGUGUGUUACUCAUCUUUAUUGUCUCCAUGAUUUAUCUAGCUUGCAAAAAGCCAAAGAAACCCCAAAGAAGGCAAAACAACCGACUGAAACCUUUAACCUUAGCCUAUGAUGGAGACGCAGACAUGUAAAAUAGAAUUUAUCCUGGCAACACCCAGUAUCAGCUUGCUGACUUUGCAGUAGAUACCCAGAAGCCACAAAGCUAUUCAAAUUGUGUGGAUUAAAAUGCGUUGUACCUUUUUUAAAGAUCAUCAUUAAGAAAAGAGGAGAUAUCAAGACAGUACCACUUCCAUUGAAACCAUCAGCCCUGAGAAGUCUAGGAGACUAAGUUGAAUACAUGCUGCCUUCGGAGAGUUUUAAGUGAUCUUUUGUGAAACCUACCAACUGGCAAUUUACUUUCAUCUCUAAAAUAUGAUGAUGGAAUUGACCGGUUAGGAUGUCUGAUACAAACCUCUGUCUGCAGUGUUAAGCCGUAGAAACAUUUUAGCAUGUAGAGUUUAUAACGAGAACUCUACACUACCAUAGGCAAACAUAACAUCAUGUAUACUCAACUGAAUAGUACAUAUUAUUAUGUCAGAUUAUAUACUUGUUAAUAAGCCAUUUUAAUGAUGAAUAAAAGAUAAGCUGUAAGCUGAGCAGAAAACCCAUUGAAUAAAUUCAGCAUCUUGGUGGUUGAUGGUAGCUUUUAUCAACCUGCAUUUUGGAGGCAAAGACUCUUUUAUAAGACUUCAUUCUUGUCUCUCUCCAAAGUACAAAUGCUGGACAUGUACUAGUACCUUAGAAGAGUCCUCAAGUUCAGUAUUUUAUAGUGGUUAUUGUCUGGAAAACCAAUUUGCUUGUGUUCACACAAUAAGUUUCUUCUUUCCCUAAUUUCAAACUGGUUGCCUGGAAGGCACAUUUUUGCACUAUAUUAGUGCAGCAUGAUAGGCACUUAACAAAUAUUGCCAUAGAAACUGCCUCUUUCAUAUGGGAUGAAGACAUGCACGCUAAGAGUGUCAUGGAGACAUUUACAAGUUAUUGUAUCCUGAAGAGAGUAACGUUCAUUUUGGAUGGCGACAGGAUGGAAUUAGCUAUCACAUCUGCUGCACACACUCUUCCUCAUCACUGCAACCAUUGUGAAAUUGACAACAUGGCGGUAAUUUAAGUGUUGAAGUCCCAAACUCAUUAACCCUCCAAAAGACGGAUCCCUCUAGUUGUUUUUAAUUGUACUUUGAAGGCUGUUUAUGACUAGAUUUUUAUAUUUGUUAUCUUUGUUAAAAAAAAAGAAAAGAAAAGAAAAAGAGGAGCUGGUUGUCUUUUUAAUUUUGAGCAGAUGGAGAAAAUAAUGCAUCGAUGAUUUUUGUACCUGACAGAAAUUGUGUGUUGAUUAUCCUUUCCCCCUGAUUUGUUUUCCUAGUUUCAAAUCAAAUGUAUUUCAAAAUCCAUAGUUUUCUCGUUCUCACUGGUAAACUUAAAGUGGUCUUUUUAAUGUAUGAUUUCAAAAACUAAACUUUUAAAAAGAGAAGAGUAAAUAUUUUGCCCAGGGCUUCAUUCUGGACUAAGGGUGGCAAACUUUUCCUGUAAAGGUCCAAAUUAUAAAGAUUUUCAGCCAGGUCUACGUCGCAGCUUUUCAGUUCUGCCAUUGUGAGAGCACAGCCAUAGACAAUGCACAGUACAUAAAAUAAUAAGCAUGGAUGUUUCCAAUAAAACUUUCUUAAAAAAAAAACAGUCAGCAGACCACAUUUUCAGGACAUGGUUUGCUGGCUGCUAGUCUAGAAGUUUUUUCGAAGCCAACUCUCCAUUGGGUCAUCAUUAGUUUUUAUUUUAUUUAUUUUUUAUUUUAUUUACCUUCACACUGCAAUCAGUGUUUCAUUUCAAAGGUGAAAAACAGCCAUUCAACUUACUACUGUGUUGUAAGUAGCUAUAUAUUUUUUUACAGCUAAGGCCCUAGGAAUGGCACAGUGAAAUAAUACUUAACUUAGCAGAUUUUUUUCAUAUGAAAAGAAAAUUCAAAAGGUGCCAUUAAGAAGCAAUACCAUUUUCAGGCAACAUUUACUGCAACAACCUUUGGGAGAGGAGAGGACAUUAGGGUUUCAGGUCUUUUAAAAAUAACAUAAGGAGCUGUUUUAUCUUAAACAUAGCUGUGUUGCUAUAAAAGUGUUUUGGACUACAAGGUAUUUUACUAGAGUUUGAACGCCCCCUGCUGUUCAUUAAAGUAUUUGCAAAAAUUAUAGAAGACAUCAGAUUGGCAUGUCAUUGUCCCCAAAAUGAAUAGAUUUCUACAUGUUUCAAUAAGGAUUAAAUGUGGUAAACACUAAUUUCUUAUUCAAUAUUCACUGUAUUUAGGCAAUGUAAGUAAUUUCAAAGCAAACAGGUAGUCAGGAAGAUGAGGAUUUUGCCUUCCACCAGGGAUUUAAACAAGGAAAAGCAUAAAAACAAAUUCCAUUUCAUCUGUCUUUCUGAAGAGGAAGACAAAAAUAAUAUGUUACUCUCAAACUGUGAUAUUCAAUAUAUGUACUCAGGAGUCUUCCAAAUAAUUGAUCACUUUGAAUAAAUAAACUCCAUUUGUCCAAAAUGGUCGAGAAAAACUCUAUUGCAGUUACUUGAAGAAUUCAGCUAACAGCCUUAUGAAAUGCAUGCAACACCUAAUAACUUUGAAAUUAUUAAAUAAAGUAUUGCUGCUGCUAAAGCUAUACUUACAAUACUGUAAAAUGUCAUUAAUUCGGAAGGUAGAUCAGUAUCAUCCCACCUUUAUUAUAAGAAUUAAAUGAAUUAAUUAAUCAAAAUGAUAAAAAGUUAUGAAAAUACAAGAUGAUUUUAUUCAUAAAUUGAUUAUACUUUACAACACAAUGUAUGUGCCAUAGACUAGGUCCAACAUGACCUAACACUAGAAAGCAUAUUGGAACUUCAUUGUUAAGAUAAAUAAAUACUGGAUGGCCUCUUGUUAGAAAGGUAGAAGGAGGGGAAUAUAGCUACUGGAAGCUGACUAUUUUGGAUAAACGAAAGUUACUGUAUUCACGUUUAUAACAUGAAAAUGGCCUUAUUUUUGUUCCUGGCAUGAGUCAAUAAUGAGUUAAAUACUUCACUGGAAUUUCAUCAAAACCUUAUUCCUCCUGUUCAUUUUAAGAAUUCAGAAGGAGAAUAUAGGUAACUUGCCUGUUGAUACUUCUGCCUUACCAAAAUGGUCUGAGCCCAAAAAGGUUUAGAACUACUAUUGUAUAAGUAAGAAGGUCUGCUUGGUUUUUGUUUUGUUUUGUUUUUUUUUAAAAAGGAGAAUGUUGACACAGUAUUAUAGAUUUGGUUGGACUGUUUCAAUAUAAUCCACAUAGAAGUGGCAUAACUGAUCUCUCUUGAAAAAGGUCUAUUUGCUCAUUCAUUGAUACCUAAACUAGGAUACUGGCCAUAAUCCUUAUUUCAAAGCCUUUUCGAGUACACUACAGUGUAGCUUAAGCUAAUUUGAAAAAGAGUGCAUAAAAGCAUGUUCUUAAUUACUUAUAACAAAGCGCAAAUUCCUUAGUAGAACAAGACAAAUAUAUAUUAAGUUAUCACAUGUAAGACACUGCUAGGCACUGUAAAAAAAAAGUUAGUAAUGGCUUUGUAUACAUUGGUACCUAAGACAUUCAAAAGGAGGGAAAAAUGCUUAAUGAGUGACAAUAGCACUUACACACAUCAUCCUCUCCCCUAGAUUUGAUUUUCAAUGUGGUUAGUAUUUUUCCUUCUGUAAUGUCUAUGCCUCAGGCCAUGCUGUUAGGCUUUCACUGUACGCUGUACCCCUCCUCCACCCUCAGGCAGGUAGCAGUGGUCUUGGUGGCUUAAUCAGAACCCUCUUACGUUCCUGGACACGUCAAGAUAAAGUCACUUAUUUAAAACUUCUUAGAGGAUGCAAGUAACAUCUCACAUUUUUGUUGUUGUUUGUUGUUUUGUUUUGUUUUACCUCCACUAAGUCCCUAUAUCCUUGCUCCUUUAUGGUGACUUUCUCUGCCUGGUCUCUUUCUACUCUAGUCUCUUAUCAACAACUAACCUUGUCUACUCUCUUCAGAACCACCUUCUACUAAACAUGCCAUUAAAUAUAGGUGAAUGCCUAUAUUUCCUUCUUAUUGGAGUCAAAGUGUCAGAGUGUGAACAUGUUGAUUUAAACAGAAUGAACUGGUCAAAGACACGAGGAAAGAGGAAAGAGGAAAGGAAAGAUGUGGAUGACAUGCUAAAAACAAACAAAACAAAAAAAACUGUAAUAAUGUCAAUUCCUACGCUCGAAUUAGCACAACCCAGUGCCCUCCGACCUCCAUCUUGCCUCUUUCACAUCCCACCCUGCCAGCCAGUGAGGGAGGCCGGCACCUUUCACUAAGCAAAGGAGAGUCGAUUCUUACGCUGAUUUGGGAUCUGAAUCGAUUUGCAAGAAUCAUGCUUCCCAGAUGACCUGGGAUCUCACUAUUUGUAAAAAUAUUACCAAACUCCAAAUCUGUUUCUUGUUCUAGUUCCCCAGGAAGGUGGAGGGUAUGCAAAGGACGGCAGUGCAUGAGCAAAUCUGUGAGGGAUCUUGUUAGAGCGUGCUCUCUCCUGGGUCGAGUGUAGAUAGGUGACAACUGGAAUGCCUGCCAGCCUCCCCUGGCCUGUCCUCAGGUGGCCGUGGCUGCAGAACAGAAUUUCUGGUGCCUGGAACUGGUGUGUCGUGGGCCUAGCAAACACUCUUUAUAAAAAUGAUGUGUCAUGAUGAUUCUGUAUCUAGCAGGGACACUGAAAAGUGAUUACGUCUACAUUAUUAAAUAAGGGAAAUAGAUCCUAAAUGCUGAUAGAGCUAGUUUUGUAGUUUUAUGUUUUUGUGCUUCUUACCAAGCCAGACCUUAUGACAGGCAGUAUUAUGAUGACUUAGUUUGUGGGGGGUCAUGUUUUCAGCAAUCAAAAAUCUCUAUUUAGAUAUAUAAUUGGGUGUUGGUCUUAUUGUUGUGUUUUGUAGAUUUUUUUUUUCCCCAAAGCAAUAGUUUCUAGGUCACCUCCUUUGAACCCUCAAUGAAAUUUUCUCAACUAUUUUUGAGGAAUCUAUGUGUGUUUAUUUUUUUAAAAGUAAACAUUAAGAUUCCCUUUCUGGUAUUCUUUUCGGCCUAUUUCUAGCACAGAUUUGAAGAGAUCAGUAUCUGUCAUUGUAAAAUAUAACUAUUAAAUUUGCAAUAUGUUUUUCUAUAAAUUAUAAUCCCUAAAUGUGUUUUUUUGGUUAA